UUCUCGAACAAGAGCCAGGCGUACAAAUUCAAUCGGAAGCUCGACCGCAGCCAGUUGAAAUGACUUCUUUUGAAGGAUAUAGCUUGACGGGAAAAGUUGCCGUCGUUACCGGAUCGAGCUCCGGCAUUGGAGCCGCUACUGCUCUUCUUAUGGCUCAGCGGGGAGCGAACGUCACCAUCCACGGGAGACGAACGGAUAAAUUAGAAGAGAUCGCGAAUCAGCUCGAGGAAGCUUCUGGUAACAGGCCCUACGUCGUGGUCGGAGAUAUCGAGGACUCUGAUGUCAGAGCGGACUUGAUCAACGGGACGAUCAACCAUUUCGGAAGGCUCGAUGUUCUUUGCAACAACGCCGGUUGGAUGAAGAUCGGAGGAAUGGAUCAAACGGAGGUGGACGAUCUCCGUACAAUGCUUGAGGUUCACAUCGUGGCACCGUUCGAGCUCUGCAAGUUAGCUAUGUCGGAACUCAUCAAAAACAAGGGCAACAUCAUCAUGACUUCGUCUAUUUGUUCCCUGAUCGGUUUUCCGUCGCUCGUAGCCUAUUCGGCCGCCAAAGCUGGCUGCGACAAUCUGAUGAGGAGUCUCGCUGGAGAGUUUGCUGCGCAAGGAGUUCGCUUGAACUGCGUCAACCCGGGUCCUGUCGCAACGGAUCUGCUGCGGAACGAGGACGAGUUCCUCACGGCUUUGAGCAGCUCCGAUACUACGCCUCCAACUCCUUUGGGAAGGUUCGCAUUGGCGCGAGAGGUCGCUGAGCUGAUCUCGUUCCUGGCCUCCGACGCGGGAGCGAUGAUCCACGGGGGCACGCAUGCUAUCGACGGCGGUAUUACCGCUUUCAUCAAGAUGCCGUCAUGA